UCAGCUGACUGACAUGUUGACAAAGCAGGUCUUCUACCGGUGGAAGAAGCACACACACCGGGCCGGUCCGGUCCACGAACGCAUCACCGGGUCUUCGCCGCUGAAAUGACCCGUGUUUACUUCACGGACCGUGGUUUUUCCGUAGAUUUUCCCAGGUUCUUUGCUGGUGUUUCCGGUUUCGCCUGUUUCUAACCGGGCUCGGUUGUUUUCCGUGGAGGUAAACGGACCUGAGGCCGACGGUGAGCGGGAUGGACGUCCAGGAGGAGAGGAGGAGGCUGCUGGAGGGGGAGGGGGAGGGGGAGGAGGACCCCACAGGACUCAUGUCUGAGCAGGAGGCGUACCUGAGUAAAGUGAAAAACAGGAAGUUGUACCUGGCGACGUUUGCGUCCGUCCUGGGGCCCAUGAGCUUCGGUUUCGUGUUGGGCUACAGUUCUCCGGCCAUCCCGGACCUCAGGAGCAUCUCCGACCCCCGGCUGCGACUGGACGCCGACCAGGCUUCGUGGUUCGGGUCCAUCGUGACGGUGGGCGCGGCGCUCGGCGGUCUGCUGGGCGGUUGGAUGGUGGAGCGGAUCGGCAGGAAGCUCAGCCUCAUGUUCUGCUCGCUGCCGUUCGUCUUUGGCUUCACCGUCAUCAUUGCGGCGCAGAACGUGUGGAUGCUGUACAUCGGACGAGCGCUGACCGGCCUCGCCAGCGGAGUCACGUCGCUGGUCGUUCCGCUGUAUAUCUCUGAGAUGGCCCACGAGCGAGUCCGUGGGACUCUGGGCUCCUGUGUGCAGCUCAUGGUGGUGCUCGGCAUUCUGGGAGUGUACGCCGCAGGUCUGGUGGUCCACUGGCGCUGGUUGGCCAUCUGCUGCUCCAUCCCUCCGACGCUGCUCAUGGUGUUCAUGUGCUUCAUGCCGGAGACGCCUCGGUUCCUGUUGUCCCAGGGGAAGAGGAGGGAGGCUGAGGAGGCGCUGCGCUUCCUGAGGGGCCCCGACGCCCCCGUGGAGUGGGAAUGUGCCCGGAUCGAGGACGCCUGUGAGGAGCAGGGCUCGUCCUUCCAGAUGUCGGACCUGAAGGACCCCGGCGUCUACAAACCCCUGGUCGUCGGCGUCCUGCUCAUGGUGUUCCAGCAGCUGACCGGCAUCAACGCCAUCAUGUUCUACGCCGAGACCAUCUGUGAGCAGGCCCACCUGCCGGGGGACGUGGGCUCGGUCCUGGUGGGUCUGGUUCAGGUGGUCUUCACGGCGGUGGCAGCAGUGAUCAUGGACAGAGCUGGAAGAAAGGUCCUCCUGGUCAUCUCAGGCGUUGCCAUGGCGAUCAGCACCACCUCCUUCGGGGUUUACUUCUACCUGAUGUCCCAGCAGCCCCGGACCCCCACGGCGGCGCUGGACGUCAUGGCGACGGUGGCGCCCGCUCUGGACCUGAGGUGGUUGGCGCUGUGCAGCCUGGCGGUCUUCAUCACAGGUUUUGCUCUGGGGUGGGGUCCCAUCCCGUGGCUGGUCAUGUCCGAGAUCUUCCCCGUCAAAGUGCGAGGCUUCGCCAGCGCCGUGUGCGUCCUGACCAACUGGAGCAUGGCAUUCGUGGUCACUAAGACCUUCCAUGACAUGAUGGACCACCUGACCAGCGCCGGGACCUUCUGGCUGUUCGCCUCCAUCUGCUCCGUCAACGUCAUCUUCACCAUCGUCUUCCUCCCAGAAACCAAAGGGAAGACGCUGGAGCAGAUCGAAGCCAUUUUCAGAGGGACGUCGGGCCCCUGAAGCUCCGCCCACUCGCCAAAAAAACCAUCACACCUUUUGAAAUAUGAGUGAACUGAUCAGUCCUGGAGACGCUGCGUGGGCAUUUGGUGUUUUUUAUAUCAUUUAUUUAACCUGGUGGAUGUUUCAGAGUAUUUCAUACGUCUUUUCCAAGUGUCUUUGAGAUCAAAGAACAGACGUCACACGUUUUAACCCCAUAAUUCAGCCUGAAACGCAGAUUUAAAACCUGUUUGACUGAGGUACGAACCCCAUCAGGCUGCUUUGACUGACUUCCACAUCCUGACAGAUUCCAUUUGUGAUGUAAUUGUUCAUUUUUUUCCCCAAAUAUGUUAAAAUAUUGUGUUUAUUUCACUUCCUCUGAGAGCUGACGUUGGACUGGAAGCUACAGGUUCAUGUAAUAAGCUAAAAAAAAAAAAGAAAUAUGGAAGUUUAUCAAGAAUUUAGAUAAUGUUUUUUAAACCUUGACUA